AUGAUGAAAAGGGAGAACACGAACUUCUUCGUCCCUGCCAGCUGGGCCGCUCCUCUCUCGCCGCCUGAUGCUCCGCCGGGCUUCCCGCCGAAGCCGCCCCGAAAUUGCGCCUCGCCCGCCUCAGCUGAUACGUUGGGGAACCAUAACCCGGCGUCCGGGGUGGGGACGGUUGGCGGCGGCGCUUACAGAGAUGGGUCUGUUUCCCCUGAACGGCUGUCGCCUCGCCGUACUUUGAGGAAAAGAUCGCGGCCGCACACGCAAAGAAACAGAAACGGGAAAUCCAAAUAUGGCCUCGCCGAUGCCAUCUCAAAAGCUACAAGAGCACUCGUUUUGCUUUUGCUCUAGUAUUGAAUCUCCUCAGGCCAGUAAGGAGCUACCAAGCUCAGAUACAGAGAGUCAAGUAGUUGAAGAAGGCCUACAAGUUCAUUUUCCUCCAUCAAAUCCUCACUCAUUAGAUCGAAAAGUGAACAUGAAGCGAGAAACCCACGAUUUUGCUGUCAGUGAAAACCAAGAUGGAGCCACCAAGAGAUCUUCUUUUCAAACCCACUGUGUUUUUUAUGACUCGAAAGUAGAUAUAGCGCGUACGCUUGAGGCCAUUAACAAAAAGCACGGGGAUAUAACUCGGGGCUGUGUAUUGGAGUCUGAUUGCAUGAAGACCCUUGUCUUGCUUGGCAUCUGUAAAGUGGUGCACGACCUAGAAAAGAAACAAUUAAAGGACGUUGAUCGUGGUGACUUAGAUUCUUAUUAGAGUGCCGUGAGAGAUGCAGAAAACAUGAAGGUGAACAUGAAGUGAUUGCGUGACCGACUUGAUGAAAUUAGAGAUGCUAUUGAAUUAACCGAUGAGGAGAAAGUCUUGGUAAAUGAGAAGAAUGCACGUCUUGCGAAUAUUGAUAUGAAGAAGAAAGAACUUGAACUGCGUAAAGUUGAACUGGAGAAGAUCAAAUCUGAAGUUGAGGAUCUUGAAGCUUGUUUGGCUCGAGAGGUUGUGAUGGUAGAAGAGUUGAAUCGAACAAUUGGUGCACAUCAAUCAAGAUUUUCGAAGUUUCAACACAAGUACUUGAUGGAAGGACUAAUUUAAAUUAACUGCACGUGCACGUGCUACUCAUCUGCGAACCAUGUGUAAAUAAUGCUUAUAUUGUUAAAUUGUCUUGUGCAUUUUUGCAAAACCAAAAAAUAGAGAUGCUUCUGUUGUGGCUGUGAGUAAUUUGGAAACCGAGCAUUUUGCUGGACUUCUCUGCAAACGUGAUUAGUUACAUGGUGAGUUCCGCAAUUUCACAUGGGCUGGUGUCUAAUAUCAGGAAAUUCUCAUGUAUCUCCAGGUGAUUUGCAAAGUAGUCAUUUGCUGUAAUCGACUUUAGGAGUUGAUGUAAAUGUGUCGUGCUUUUAGGAGUUGAUUGAGCUAAAUGAUUGUACAUUCACAUGUUAAAGGGCAUAUAGGGAUUGUUGAACUAUGGUCUAUAUGAUGGCUUACAUUAUAUACCAUUUGAUCUCAAUCUGGAGGCACAUUCAAAAUCUUAUUUGAUUAGGAUACCGACAAUUACAUUAUGUAACAAGUGUAAUCAGACUAAUUUCACCACACAAUGAUUGUGCAUAAACUCUGGUGAGGCCAACUAAUUAUCUUGUAACAUAAUGAGAAAAAUACAUGUUACACACAAUCUCCAAUAGGUGAAAAUAGAGUUUUACUUGAAUUAAAUUAAUAUCUGAAUCACGGAGCAAUCUCCACACAGAUUUUCUUACNAAAAGAUAUA